CUCUCUUUCGCGCCAUUUUCAACAAGUCAUUUCAAGAUGGCGCCAACUUCCACGGGAGAUGAUGCGACAGCUACUAACCAAGAUGAUUCUCAAUCAUCCAGGCGAUCAAAAAGAUCAGUAAAACGCAGUGCUGGAGCAACCUCUGCACUCGACAAAAUAAGAAAAUUCCGUCAGACUGGGGAGAGAUCGAAGUUUGAAGUUGGUCAAUUGGAGGAUGUUUAUCAGGUGGUUAAUGAAGAUGAGUACUCCGACAUUGUUAGAAAACGUCAGGAAGAAGAUUGGGUUAUUGACGACGACGGGACUGGAUAUGUGGACGAUGGAAGAGAAAUAUUUGAUGACGAUCUUGAAGAUGGACCAUCAACCGGGAAGAAUGUUCCUAAAUUCAAGCCUAAGAAACCGAACGUUAAGAAGCCAACCGUCAAGCCAAAGUCAAUAAAUAAAAUGUUGUUAGCUGCAAGUGCAAAAGCAAAGAAACCAAAGAAUGAGGUGACAUCUCUUGGUGAAGACAACUUAUUAAAUGAUCUCCUAAAAGAAGUUGAGCACCCAAAACCAGCUCCAGUGAAAAUGUCAAAGGGCAAGGCUCCAGUUUUGAGAACCCCAACAGCAGUCUCUUCAAGUCAUGUCACACCAAGACGACUCCAGGAAUCAUCCUACCGAAGACAGAAUAUUUUUAAAGUUGAACCUAAAUCUCCACCUGAAUAUAGCCACACUACAAGCCUGCCUGGGAAGAGGAGGGCAGUUGUCAAAACUGAGCCAUUUGAAGUAAGGGAGGGGAGGUACAGUGGCAUGGUAGGAGACCCUGAGGGGGAAGGACAGGAGGAAGGAUAUGGAGCAGCAAUGGACACAGAUUCGGGAAUGGAUGAUGUUCCUGCUGUAAAUGACAUGGGAGAGGUUGAUGCAGGGUGUGACGACUUUGGUGAUGAUGACGAUCUUGGUGAUGCGGAAGCAAUUCAGGCCUUGACAAAUGCCGAGAAUAGUCAUGAUGAGAAACCCCACGUACAAAUCAAGGUUGAGGCAAGCGAGAGACAGAGUGAGAGAAAAUGUGCUUUGCCAAGAAAAACAACAGAAAUUCCUGGUGAUUCUGCUUGGGAAACAAUCUUGGGAAAUGAGGAAUCACAUCAGCAAGAGGUUCUGACGGAUGUCAAUGUGGAUUCUUCUUCCCUGCCACUUCAGGAAAUCGAUGGAGAAAAAGUCCUCAAGUUUUUCUGGUUUGAUGCUUAUGAGGAUAGAUUCAAACAACCAGGUACUGUCUACCUGUUUGGCAAAGUUUGGAUUGAAUCAGCUAAAGCAUAUGUCAGUUGUUCAGUGGCAGUCAAGAACAUCGAGAGACAAAUAUUCAUUCUUCCAAGAGAAAAGAAGCGUGACGUUGAUGGCUCUGAGACAAAUGAACCCGUUGGAUUUAUUGAUGUUUACCAGGAAUUCAAUGAGAAGAUUGCGACAAAACAUAAAAUCAUGAAGUUCAUCUCCAGGAAAGUUCAAAAGGCUUAUGCUUUUGAGAUUCAAGAUGUUCCUGUCAUGUCUGAGUACCUGGAAGUCAGAUAUUCAGCGGAUUCUCCCCAGUUACCAUCUGACUUGUCUGGAGAGACUUUCAGCCAUGUGUUUGGCACUAACACAUCUAGUCUUGAGCUCCUUCUCCUUAGUCGUAAGAUGAAAGGUCCUUGUUGGCUCACUAUCAAGUUUCCUCAACUUCCUCAACAUCCAGUCAGUUGGUGUAAAGUAGAGGCUGUUGUCUCAAAACCUGAUCACCUGGAAGUGGCAAGUGAACAAGAUCCUCCACCACCCAUGGUUGUCAUGAGUCUCAGUUUUAGGACAAUGUUGAACACAAAGACUCACACUCAUGAGAUCUUGGCUGUGUCAGCUCUGGUACAUCAUGAAGUGUCACCAGACAAAGCAGCACCAAAACAGAAGUUCCAGUAUCAUUUUUGUGGUAAGUUCAAGGUGUAUUCUGAGAAUUCAGUGUUUCAUCAAGACAGAGAAAAAGUCCUCAAGUUUUUCUGGUUUGAUGCUUAUGAGGAUAGAUUCAAACAACCAGGUACUGUCUACUUGUUUGGCAAAGUUUGGAUUGAAUCAGCUAAAGCGUACGUCAGUUGUUCAGUGGCAGUCAAGAACAUCGAGAGACAAAUAUUCAUUCUUCCAAGAGAAAAGAAGCGCGACGUUGAUGGCUCUGAGACAAGUGAACCCGUUGGAUUUAUUGAUGUUUACCAGGAAUUCAAUGAGAAGAUUGCGACAAAACAUAAAAUCAUGAAGUUCAUCUCCAGGAAAGUUCAAAAGGCUUAUGCUUUUGAGAUUCAAGAUGUUCCUGUCAUGUCAGAGUACCUGGAAGUCAGAUAUUCAGCGGAUUCUCCCCAGUUACCAUCUGACUUGUCUGGAGAGACUUUCAGCCAUGUGUUUGGCACUAACACAUCUAGUCUUGAGCUCCUUCUCCUUAGUCGUAAGAUGAAAGGUCCUUGUUGGCUCACUAUCAAGUUUCCUCAACUUCCUCAACAUCCAGUCAGUUGGUGUAAAGUAGAGAUUCCUCACUGGUCUCGUCUUGGACGGCUUAAAAGAACCGUCAUGCCAAAGUUGUCUAGCGGUGGACCUGGUAAAGGUGGUAGUCUUCUCGAUCGCUCCAUCACUUGUGGUCGGAUGGUGUGUGAUGUGAAGAUAUCUUCAAAGGAGCUUAUAAGAUGCAAGAGCUACGAUUUGACAGCGUUAUCAUGGGCCGUUCUUCAGUCCAGAAGGGAAGAGAUUGACCAAGAUGAAAUACCCAACAAGUUUAAUUCGUCGCGUGAACUCCUUCACAUGUUUGAGCUCACCUCGAUGGAUGCUCUACUGACCUUGCGGAUCAUGUAUGAUCUCAACGUUCUGCCACUGGCUUUACAGAUAACAACAAUCGCUGGAAACGUUAUGGCUAGAACACUACUUGGCGGUCGAUCAGAAAGGAACGAAUUUCUUUUGCUUCACGCUUUCAACGAAAAGAAUUUCGUUUGCCCUGACAAAAGCUACGGCAAGAAGCAAGUGGCCGAGGUUGAGAAUGAUGACGAAGAACAACCCAAGAGUUCAAAGAAAGGAAGAAGAAAGCCAGCUUAUGCUGGAGGACUGGUGCUGGAACCUAAGAAAGGUUUUUACGACAAACACAUUUUGCUGCUGGAUUUCAACAGUUUGUACCCGUCAAUUAUCCAGGAAUACAACAUUUGUUUCACCACAAUCAGCAGGGCAAGCUUCCCAGCCAACGGACCCGCUGACGAGGAGGAACUGGUGGAAUUACCCGAUCCUGACUUAGAGCCCGGCAUCCUGCCGACCGAGAUCAGAAAACUUGUUGAACGACGAAAGCAGGUGAAAGCUUUGAUGAAGAACCAUGGUCGUGAGUCAGAUCAAUAUCUGCAGUAUGACAUCAGACAGAAGGCCUUGAAGUUGACAGCUAACAGUAUGUACGGCUGCCUGGGAUUCUCGCAUUCACGGUUCUAUGCCAAGCCACUUGCUGCUCUAGUCACAAGCAAAGGACGCGAGAUUUUGCUGAAAACAAAGGAACUGGUUCAAAACUUGGGCCUUGAUGUGAUUUAUGGAGACACAGAUUCCAUCAUGAUUAACACAAACACCACUGACCUGACAGAAGUCCGCAAGAUCGGAAACAAGGUGAAAAACGAGGUUAACAAACUCUACCGAUUGCUGGAGAUCGAUAUCGAUGGCAUUUUCAAGUCCAUGCUUUUGCUGAAGAAGAAAAAGUACGCUGCUAUCAGUAUUUCCGAGAAUGAAGACGGAACACUCAAUGAAGUGAAGGAAAUGAAGGGCUUGGACAUUGUGAGAAGGGACUGGUGCGACCUCGCAAAGGAUUCUGGGAAUUACGUUCUGGCUCAAAUCUUGUCUUCACAAGCCCGCGAAACGAUUGUGGAGAAUAUUCAUGACUACCUUAUAUCAGUUGGAGAAAACGUUGCGGAGGGAAAGGUUGACAUUCAGAAGUUUGUUAUCAAUAAGCAAUUGACCAAAUCACCCCAUGACUACCCCGACAAGAAGUCUUUAGCUCACGUCAACGUGGCUCUGCGCAUGCUCAGUAAAGGAAGGAAAGUCAACGCCGGAGAUACUAUACCAUACGUCAUUUGUGACGAUGGUUCUACACUGGCGGCCACUCAACGCGCCUAUCAUCCGGAUGAGUUUUGCAAAUCUGACACACUGAAGAUCGAUGUGAAAUAUUACCUGGCCAAUCAGGUUCAUCCGGUUGUUUCUCGUUUGUGUGAUCCUAUUGACGGAACGGACGCGGCGCACAUAGCACAGUGCCUGGGUCUGGACCCGUCUGGUUACCGUGGUAACUCCGCUGUGCAUGAUGACGAAAAUGACGCACUGCUUGGUGGCCAGGCCCAGAUGACCGACGAAGAGAGAUUUAAGGACUGUGAGCGAUUUGUAGUGAAAUGCAAACGUCCAAGUUGUGGCCAAGAAACGACCGUUGAAGUCCUGUUUAGAAACACUUCGCAUCAAUUUGGCCUUAAUGACACAUGUCCCGGAUGUAAAAACCAGUACAGCGCUGGCGCUGUUUCAAACCAGCUGACUGUUGUCAUGCGCAAACACAUUAAACGAUAUUACAUGGGUUGGCAGAAAUGCGAUGACCCAUCGUGUGGUUACACCACUCGUCAGGUGCCCUUGACACACCAGCGGGGCGCCCCCAGGUGCACAACAUGCUUUAGGGCCCACCUGCAUCCUGUGUAUUCAGACACAGCAUUGUACACUCAGCUGCUGUACUACUCUCGUCUGUUUGACUAUGAUUACGCUCUCAAGAACUCUAAGGAAGACGCCAGGAAACUUCCGUACGACUUGCGCAAGACUCCGCCAUUUUACACUGCUGUGCACUCGACCGUUUCCACAGUUCUGAAUUCCAACGGCUAUUCUGAAGUGAAUCUUUCAAAAUUGUUCAGUGCUUUCUUUGUUUAAUGUUUAGAAAAUCGAUGCCAGUGGCUUUUCACUAAACAAGGUGAAGCGUCGAAGAUUGCACGGUUUCUCAUAUAAUUGUCGAAAGUAAUUCAGCUGCGGUCUGUGAUUGGUUGAAAUAGAACAACACGUGUAGCUCCUGUAACCAAUCAGUGCGAUGUCUUGUUUCAGCCAAUCAGACGCAAAAUUCUAACCAAUCUAGAUUUUGGUUUGCGAGAAUGUUCCCGCGCUAUGAUUCCAUUUUUUCCCGCGCUUACGUUUAACAUAAAACGCUUUUGAGGCGAAGACUUGCCAAGUAAAGAUUUCACCCCUGCCUUAAAUCAACGAAAAAGAAAUCUCGAAAGUGUAGUUAACAAUAAAGUCGUAAAGGCUUGCAUUACUUUUGUAUAUAAAUAUUUUUUUGCUCAAAAUCAAAGGCUUCGUGUUCCUGUGUUGGUAAAUUCUUCCAUGCAUGACUAACAUUGUGUAAUAAAUGUCCAUAUUUUUUUACUUGUAUUAUUGUACAAGGGACGUGUUGAGAAAAUCAGAGUUUUUCGUCUACUUUGCAACCUUGUAGUGAGAGAUUGAAUAAAAUAUAUAUUCACGUU